AGAAGAAAUUUGGCAACGUCAAAGACCGAAUAUGGUAUUUGACGUGCAUUAGAAGUACUGGGUAGCAAAAGUCGAAUUAAAAGAAAACUAGUGAUGGGUUUGUGAUGCCAAUUGGAUAUGUUAUUAAACAAGACAUUAUAUCUUUUGAGACGUUGAGAACACCAAAAUCGGACGAGUGGUUUUCAAGAUAUUGAGCCUGAAAUGGACGCUCUCUGCAAGUCCCAGGGGCCAGGCUCAUUCGAGAUUGCACAGAAAAUGUCUCUAAUAAGAGUGGAACUCUCAGGAUUUUUGUAAAUAUCUUCAAAAUGAUAAGGAUUUUCGAAAUUUGGAAUGUGAUUUCUCGUGAUAUUUUGGAGAUACCAUAUAACGAUGGAAAGGAAUAACCUUAAAAGAAAGUAUCCCUGACCCUGGCAAGUCCUUUCUAAGAUUUCGACUUGACUAUGGUGGUCAGUCUCCAAAGAUAGAAUGUGAUGGGGUUCCAUUCUUCUACAUGCAUCGUCAUGUCCUGAUAUGUCAUCAAGGAAGGGACAGGAAUGAGAAAACCAAAGCAAGGAGAAAGGCUUUGGUACAGUUUAGCAAUGCAACGAAUCAAGAACACACUCAAAGGAAGAAGAGGAAGCUAGUUCAGGAUACUAAAAAAGUUGAUUGUCCAGCCAGUGUGUAUGUUGUACAGAUUCUCAGAUUCAUAGACUACAAACUACAGUACCAAGGAUUAGAACCAACUGGUCACUCCAAGGUCCUUGCCAAAAGACAACUGAAAGAACGAUACCAGACUGAUUCCAGCUCCAUCCAUACUGAGACCCUGUUCUAUGUCAGUCUACCACCACUGUCUUCACAUAGAGGCCAUCCAGUCAAUAACAUUGCUGCAGGGCUACGAGAAGCAUUAGAUCCCCAGAUACUUCACAAAAUAUCAGAAUUGACAGCAAAGGGCAUCUACAAAGUUCCAGAAAUCAGAAAACAUCUUGAUGAGUAUGUACAGAGCGCCCUCUUCCAUUCGUCUGAGCAACCGGAAAGGACAAGAAGACGCUACUACCCAACAGAUAUUGAUAUCCGCAAUGCCGUACAAAGAGCUAAGAAAGAGGUCCAUACCAAGGUUGACCAGAAUAAUGCUUCGAUGUUGAUUUCAUUGUGGAAACAGGAAAGUCAGGAUUUCUUUGAAUACAGACCACUGAAGCAAGGAUCUGAAGUGGACAAAUUCCUCUUCUGUUGCCAAACACGCUGGCAGAGCCGACUCCUCAACAGGUAUGGCAACUCCUUCACUGUCUUGGAUGCUGUAUACAGAAGUGCUGGAUACUCCCUUCCACUCUUUCUUCUUUCUGUGAGGACCAACAUGGGAUAUACCCCAGUUGGGAUGUUUGUCUCACAUAGCGACACAGCGGAGGACAUUGCAGAGGCGCUGAGUGUAUUUAGAAGAUGGAAUCCUGAUUGGAAUCCGGAGGGGUUCAUGGUGGAUUAUUUUGACCCGGAGAUUGAAGCUACAGAGGCGAUUUUCCCAGGAUGCACUGCAUUAUUCUGCUACCACCGUUGUGAGACCUUAUGGCAGGAUUGGCUCAGAGACUCAUCUGGGAUAUCUGAUGGGUUAGUGAGAGCUCGUAUGAUCAAGACACUGAGAAGGAUUGCAAUGGCAACCACAAUGAGAGAACAGGAAUGUGGUCUAAAGGGACUGAAGACAAUUAAUGUAUGGAAAGAGAAUGAGGCUGUUUCUACCUGGUUCAGCAUGUUCUGGUUAUCUUGUAUGAAGAGAUGGACAACCUUGUUUCAGAAUGAAAGGGUCAGAGUAGCAAUGUAUGCUGUCAAUGGCUGCAAGCAACAGAAUGACAUGUUCAACCAUCCAUAUGUGAGCGGCAAUAAAGACUGCAGCCUUAGUGAAAUGAUGACUAUACUCUACACAAAAUGCUUUCCAGGAGAAUAUCGAAAGUAUGUGGAGUUCAAUGCACGCUAUUCAAGCAGUUACCUCAAGUACAGUGCUGAUAUCCCCGCUUUCUUGCACAGUAAGCCUCGUUUUAUUGUAGAGCAUGUGGAGAAGUGCAUGACUACAACCGUCAUUUCAGAGAACAUCCAGGCCGGCCAGGAUGGCCACUUUGUUGUCAAAGGGGAUAGGAAUCAGGCUCAUCAGGUGUUCUUCGGAAAUGAGGAGAGGUAUCCCUCAUGUACUUGUUCAUACUGGACCAAACUAUAUCUGCCUUGCAAACACUUUUGUGCUAUCUUUCGGCAUGUGCCUGGUUGGUCUUGGGACCAGCUUGGAGCAGCAUAUCGUGAUAAUCCUCUGUUUCUCUUAGAUGGGGAUGUCCUAAUGGUCAGUGAUCCUAAAAAGCUUUCUCAAGAAGUCCAAAAGCUUGCCACGGAGGAGAGAAAACCAGCAGAGCCAGGAGGUUCUAUAGAGGAAUCAACAAUAAUGGCUUCGGCUGAGGAAGUGUCGAAUGCUCAAGCAGAGGAAGCAUCAAAGUCAAAGAGGCCACAGCGAGCUGCAGUCACCUGUAAACGUCUUGUAAGAAAGAACAUGGACCUUCUUGAUAAGUUGGAGUCUCAGGUUCCUCAUUUGAAGGACAAGAUUGUCCUUGAGGACAUGCUUAAUACUCUCCAAAAGCUAGUACACAGAGUACAAAGAAUCGGGACUCGAGGUAAGAAGAAUACUGUAGCAGCUCACAGAAUUUCUUUAAAAACUCAGAAGAGGAAACUUCAAAGUGACUUUGACUGGAUGACUGAGAAAAAUCAGAGCACUGUAUCCAGUUCUGAACAUGCAAAAGCCCCAUCAGCUGUGGAAGAUGAUGGAAGUAGUAUGGCCACACAACUCUGUCCAAAUGUCUUUACUUGUGUGAACAGUGAUAUUCACCAAGCUGCUGCGGGAGGUAGUCAAGAAAUUUCUGGAACUAGUCAGCAAAGUGCGAGUAGUGCUGCCUUUUCCCAUGAUAAUGAAAAUCGUAAUAUACAAAAUACCACAUUGGACAACAGUAAUGAAAUCAGUAGUGACAUGAUAGAAGCUAUUGUCCUCAACCAGAAUCUGUUCACAGGUAACUACCUACCUUUAACCGUGGAUGCUCAAGGAUCUGAGGGAACAGUAGCUGAACAUCACAAUCUCCAUGGCAACAUCACCAUUGUAACAGAGGCUCCUGUUGGCCAGGAGGUCAUGUCUACUGAGGGUGUUAUUAUUCAGACAGUUGAUCAGAUUGACCAUGAACAUUUCAUCAUUGAUUCCGUACACCAAGGUAUAACAGUCACUGUUGCUGAUGCUGAACUUGACAGAGUGUCAUCUGUUACAUAAUGAAAAUAACCCUCAUCAGUGAAAUUAUUUAUUUUUACAAAUAAGAGUAUUCUUUUUUUUGCUCCUGAAUUAUAUAGUUAUUCAUAAACUUGCAUGAAAAUCUUAUAUUAUUUUCUCUUCAAUUCACACCCAGUAGAUGAUGUCAAUGUUUAGGCCUGCAUGCAGAGUAAUCUUUGUCUACAUUAUGGAUGUAUCUAUUCCAAAGUUAAUUGUGUACUAUUUUAACAUUCUUUAACCGAACAGCACUGCAAACUGCAAAGUACAAACAAAAUCUGUCCCAAUUUUUUGUGUCAUCUUUACCUCCAAAAUAGUGUUGCAAAAAUUCAUUGAUGUUGUAAAUCCAAUGAUGUAAGUAGAAUAAGUUGUCCUCUUUUACUCCUUGAUAAAGAAAUAAUUUGUUUACAUGCUAUAAGAAUAUUUUCCAGUAGAAGUAUUUUGUAUGCUUAUAGUUUGUAUAUUUUCCAUCAUUGUUCUUACUUGCUGUAUCCGAUUCUGGAGCAAGAAAUAUAUUAGUUAUAAAGUUCAAUACUAUUAAAUAACAACUGUGCAUUGUUAAUGCAUACAUUUCAUAACAUUUUAUUUCAAAGAAUAUAAUUGUAAUAUCAUAUGUGAUGUAUGGAAUCAUUGUGGUCUUUUCUCAUAAUGUCACCCAUUUUAUGCAAAGACUUGAUGAGGGUGUUUGAGUCAUUCUUUCACGACAAAUCUCUAUAAAUUGUCAAAAAAAACUUUUAAAAAUUGCAUUGGCAUUAUUUCCUUCUACAGACAACAGGUGUAAUAUAAGUUAUUUAACUACAGCAAAGUUCAGUAUAUGUAAUUGCUUCUCAAAAUCAUAGAAAUUCACAAAUUGAACGAAUUGAAAUAUGUUUAAUUGUAAGUGAAUUCUUGUUUUAAUAGCUCUAUGAUACCCAUCACCUCAAUCAGUUUUGUAACUGCAGUUGUCCUCAUUCACAGAAGUGUGUUACCUUCAACACUUAGGUUGAAUUUCCUAAUAGGUUUUAAAUUUGCAUUUCCCCAAAGUGGGUCAAGUACUUCUAUUAAAUAAAGCACAUUAGAUUAUAUCAAGAUGAGGCACUUUAACCCAUGCGUGAACUUUAAACCCACUUUUGUUAAACUUCCAAGUGUUGAAUACAUGUUUUGAACUCAUAAAUUUGAAUGACGUCAGAUGAACCGAUUUAACCCAUGUUAAAGAGGGUGGAUAGUUUUGAUAAAUUCCCCAAAAUGUGCCUGUCACCAUUCUAAUUUAUUUGUAUAUUUUAUGAAUCUGCAUGCCCUAAAACAGUCAUGAUCUGGAUGAUGUGAAAUAAAAAGGUGUUUUACGUGAUAAAUUUUGCAAUUUUCCAUGGAAAUUUAAUUUAAUCGGGAGCCUGAUUGAAUUAGAGUUGUUGGUGUUUAAAACUUGUAAUAAGUUCCCUCAAGGGACAACCCAAGCCUAAACUCAAAGCCUAUUAAAGUCACACCCCUUCCUGAUCGAUUCAUCACGUGAAGGAGAGGUAAGGGGAGUAGCAGCCUCUGAUUAUCAGGGCUUAUUUAGUAUGUCUUGAAUACGCUUCUAGCAAAGGAGGGUUCCCCACAAAAGCAGGGCUCUUGGCAAAAAAGCAGGGAAAACAUUGCUUAGUUGUUGCUCUAUUGUUCUGUAGUUCCAACUACCUUUGGGAGUUCUGGCUAAAGAUAAUUAUUAUGGAGAAGUGAGUGCCUGUGAUUGUGUUCCAUUGCUUUUACCAGAUGUUGCAAGUCGAUAAGGCAACACAAAACUUGAAAAUUCAGUAAAUUUUCUUUACAUUCAAUGUGGAAAAAAUUU